UUUUGCAGUAUUUUAAAUAAUUUCUUAUGUAAACACACACAGUCGUAAAGGUGUACACUCAAAUAAAUUUUUGGCGACUCAUACAACAGUCUUCAAAACAUAACCACCAUUUUUUUUACAAAUAAUUUACUCCAACACGUUGCAAUUCAUAAAACAAAUUUAGAAAAAAUAAAAAAAACACAUUUAAAAACCAAGUAAUUAUUGAAUUAAAUUAUUUUUUAUUUUAAACAAUUGAUUCUUAUUUUGUUGAUAAAGAGUACUUGUUGUUGUCAUCAAAAUGCCCAAGAAUAAUGAACUAAAUGGUUCAUUAAAAACAUCACCAGAUAAUGUUAAUAAAAAUCAUUCUUUAUUAGAAAAACGUGAAAUGAUAUUGUCAAUGUCAGAUUCAGUGUCUUCAAAAGACAAUUAUAUUCUAAAUCUCAGUGGAACACAAAGCAAUGAACCAGAAUUUAGAGUAUGUACUGGAAUGUCAGAUUAUUCAUGUGUUGUAUACAAUGUGGGUGAAAAAUUAACAAAAAUUGCAACAUUAACUGAUAAUAAAUCACCAAUUGUUGGCACAAAAUUCAGUACAACAUCAAAAAAUAUUCUUUAUAUUGCAACAAGUACAGGUGGUACAACUGUUUGUGAUUUACGAGCUAAAGGAAAAAUUGUUGGUGAAUUUAAAGAUAAUUCAGCUGAAGGAAAGUUAAAACCUUUGACAAGUUUUGAUAUAAGUAUUGAUGAUAAAUUACUUGCUGCUGGGACAGAACAUAUUGGUGGUGAUGCAUUUAUAUUAUUUUGGGAUGUUAGAUAUAAUAAUUCAAAAACAGCAGAUGUUACAACAAAUUUACUUGGUGGUUAUUGGGAAUCUCAUACUGAUGAUAUAACUAGUCUAUCAUUUCAUCCAGAAAAACAAAAUUGUUUAUUAUCUGGAAGUACUGAUGGUUUAAUAAAUAUGUUUGAUUUAACACAAACAAGUGAAGAAUCUGCAUUAACAAUUUGUCUUAAUACUGAAUCAUCAGUGGAUAAAAUUGGAUGGUUGGAUAACAGUGAUGUAUGGUGUACAACACAUACACAUGAAUUACAAUUAUGGCAUCAUGAAGAUGCAAUACCAUUUGGUAAAUAUGAUCGUGCAGUUGUUGCUAAAAGUUUAAAUAAUGAACAUGUUGAAAAUUGUUAUUUAAUUAACAUGCAUAAUCGUUCUGAUGGAGAACCAUUUUUACUUGCUGGUUCAAGCACUCCAAAAAGUGAGAAUUUAAAUGCACUGGCAGUUGAGUCAGAUGGUUUUAAAGUUUAUUUAGAUUUUACAGAGAAUGAACAACUUGUUCGUGAUAGUUGGUAUCACACUAAGAGUGGAUGUCUAGUAACUGGGGGAGAAAGUAGCUUAUUAAAUAUCUGGAAACCAACAGAAGAAAUUAUCAAUAGAAUGGAAAAAAAAUCAUUAUCAAAAUUGAAUGGAAAAACAAGCAUUCGUGAUAAAGGAAAUCGUGCAAAACCAUAUUAAAAAAAAAAUAAUAAUAAUUACCUCAUGUUUGAUAAAACAAUCAAUUUAAAAAAUAUGAAAAAAAAAAAAUAAUAGUUUUAAUGCACGUUCAUAUAUAUACACAAAAAAAAAAUAUUUUUUACAAUAAAUAUAAACUUGAAAAAAAA